AAAAAACCCAUCCUGCAGUCCUGCACCAUAGCCUUGCGGAUCUGGCUAGGGUUCUGCAACUUCCCACGCAUCACCUUCAUCCCACAUCCUCCACGCAGCCGCCACCAACGGAUCGCUGCCUCCUCCACGCAGCCUCCACCAACCGAUUGCGGCCUCCUCCACGCAGCCUCCACGGCAUUCAACUUCUAUUUCCGCUGCAUCGGCCGGUCCCUUCUUCGUAGCCUCCAUACAUCGAUCUCUUUUCGCCUUUUGUUCGAGUGGUGUUUCAGUAUCCAUCCCUCAUCCCUCUUUUCAGGCUCAUGGCUCAUAGGCUAUUGAGAGACGUUGAAGCUGAUGGGUGGGAACGGUCCGACUUUCCGAUUAUAUGUGAGUCCUGUCUCGGUGACAGCCCAUAUGUUCGAAUGACUAAAUCCAAUUUUGACAAGGAAUGCAAGAUCUGCACUCGCCCCUUCACUGUCUUCAGGUGGAGGCCUGGUCGAGAUGCAAGAUACAAGAAAACAGAGAUAUGCCAAACCUGCAGCAAGUUGAAGAAUGUUUGCCAAGUCUGCCUUUUGGAUCUUGAAUAUGGAUUGCCAGUUCAGGUCCGAGACACUGCACUUAGUAUCAAUUCCAACGAUGCCAUUCCAAAGAGUGAUGUGAACAGAGAAUACUUUGCCGAAGAGCAUGACCGCAGGGCAAGAGCUGGGAUAGAUUAUGAGUCAUCUUAUGGGAAAGUCCGUCCAAAUGAUACUAUUUUGAAGCUUCAAAGAACGACCCCAUACUACAAGAGAAAUCGAGCACAUGUUUGCAGUUUUUAUGUUCGGGGUCAAUGCACAAGAGGUUCGGAGUGCCCUUACAGGCACGAGAUGCCUGAAACAGGAGAACUGUCACAGCAGAAUAUUAAAGACCGUUACUAUGGAGUGAAUGAUCCUGUUGCACUGAAACUGCUAGGCAAGGCAGGUGAAAUGCCAUCAUUGGAGCCCCCAGACGACGAGAGUAUUAGGACACUAUAUGUCGGUGGGGUUGAUGCAAGAAUUACCGAGCAGGACCUCCGGGAUCAGUUUUACGCGCAUGGUGAGAUUGAGUCUGUAAAAAUGGUGUUGCAGCGCGGAUGUGCUUUCAUAACAUAUACUGCAAGAGAAGGUGCAGAGAGGGCAGCUGAGGAACUUGCAAACAAGCUGGUCGUGAAGGGAUUGAGGCUAAAACUACUCUGGGGAAGACCACAGGCACCAAAACCCCCCGAAUCUGAGUUGUCUGCUGAUGUGGCAAGACAACAAGCCGCCAGCGUGGCUCAUAGCGGUUUGUUGCCAAGGGCUCUCAUUUCACAGCAGCAGCAGGUGGGCGGGCAGGUGGACCCACCUCCGCCUGUUCCUUACUUCAAUAUUCCGCCGAUGCCACCCCAGCCAGCGGCACUGUAUCCAUCUAUGGACCCUCAAAGAAUGGGAGCCCGUGUUUCCUCAUCGCAUGAUGGGUCCGCUUCAGGGUCAGGCGAAAAUAAACAACCACAAGGUGGACACCCUUUUGCUUAUCCUCCUCCCCCGGGGCCACCACCGCACGGUCAAUUUUAUCCUCCUUAUUAUCCACCACAACAAUAUGGAGGGUAUGUAAUGCCUCCCCCUCCUCCACAGUCUUAUCAGCAGUACCCUCAUCCUCCUCCACCUUAUCAGGCUACAAUGCAACCACAUCCACCUCACAGUGGAAGCCAAGCACCACAGCAGCCACCUGGCCACCAUAGACCGCCAGUUCCGCAAGGACAAGGACCUCCACCUCACAGUGGAAGCCAGGCUCCACAUCAGCAGCAGUCACAGCCGCCGCCAGGCCCAGGCCAGCAGAGACCGCCAGUUCCGCAGGGACAGGGACCGCCACCUCACAGUGGAAGCCAAGUGCCACAUCAGCAGCAGCCACAGCCGCCACCAGGACCAGGCCAGCAAGGACAGGGACACCCAGAGUCUGGGCAACAAUCUUAAUCUUGUCACCCUUGUUUAUGUUUGUGUGAAGAAUUGUGUAACAAGAAGUUAUAUCACUACUAUUGUCACAAUUUUAUCAUAAUUUUCGUCCAAACCAUUUUAACUCCAACAAUUGUAUUUCCUCUAUUUUUUUCCCCAUUAACUUCAGCAGAUUUGGUUCUUAUAUUCUUGCUCGCCAAGAGUUGCUCUGUACUUGAGAAACCCGAGUGAGGAAUGAAGUUCCCAAAAUCUCCUCAUGUGAAAUUGGCACAAAACUAAAGAGUGAAAGUGAAG